AUGGCCACGUUAAAUUUCGCGCCAUUCAACUACGGCUCUGAGACAUGGGAGUCUUACACGGCUCGCUUCGAAUGUUUUCUGGUCGCACACGACCUCACGGAGCUGACGGACGAAUGGAAAUGCGCCUUUUUCUUGUCCGUCUGCGGCACAGACGUUUUCCACACUGCCAGGGCUCUCACAGCUCCAGAACCCAUCAAGGCCGUACCUUGGCCCGUGCUGAUGGCAAAGCUGACGAGCCAUUAUGCUCCGUCCCCGUCCAAAAUAGCCUGCCAGCACGCGUUCCACCAGCGCAGCCAAGCUGAGGGGGAGUCCGUUAGCGCAUACGUUGCUGCCCUACGAUCGGCGAACAAAAAGAGCGAUCUCUCCUGCCACCAGCUCCAGAAGAAGAUACAGCUAACUGUUACCGUGGAGGGGAAGCCCUGCGAGAUGGAAUUAGACACCGGAUCCGCAACCUCCAUCGUCUCCUGGAGCACGAUUAAGCGCCUGUUGCCACAGCUGUCAAAACGCCAAUUACAAGACUGUAAUCUUACGUUACGGGACUAUCAGGGCAACCUGAUCCCAGUAAUUGGCACCCGCAAGGUCAGAGUGCAGUUCAAGGGGUUCGACGGCCGGUUACCCCUCAUUAUAGUUGAAGGGCGGCUGCCCAGCCUUCUUGGCCUCGACUGGUUCCAGUCUCUAGGCCUGCAGAUCAGCGGUAUCCACCAUCUAAGCGAGUCAGCCAUUGAUUGCUUAGUAGCCGAAUUCCCUGCGGUGUUUGAUGGCUCACUAGGCAAAUACACUGGCACACCUGUGUCGUUUAACCUCGACCCGUCAGUACAGCCAGUGCGAAUGAAGCCUCGCCGAGUACCCAUCGCACUCAAACCAAAAGUGGACGCCGAGUUGGACAGGCUGGUGGCUCAAGGCGUCCUGGAGCCAGUGGACCAUGCCCGGUGGGAAACACCCAUUGUGUUACCCAUCAAGCCAGAUGGCAGCGUGAGGAUUUGCGCUGACUACCGCUGCUCGAUCAAACGUGCCUUGCCUUCCAACGCGUACCCGGUGCCAGUGGUCCAGCAUUUACUACACACCUUGGACGAGGGGACUGUUUUCGCAAAGCUCGACCUCGCCCAAGCUUAUCAACAGCUGGUGGUGGACGAUGAGGCAGCGGAAGCACAGACAAUCAUCACACACUGGGGCGCUUUCCGUUGCCACAGAUUGCAGUUUGGGGUCAGCAUUGCCCCAGGCCUGUUCCAGAGUUUGAUGGAGCGCUUGCUCCAAGGACUCCGAGGCGUCGUCCCCUAUUUUGACGACGUCCUCGUGUCAGCCACCUCCAUGGACGAACUCAUGGCCCGUUUGCGUUUGGUUCUCCAACGAUUCCAACAAGUAGGGCUGAAGGUCAAGAGAGAUAAAUGCCAGGUUGCGAUAUCCCAGAUAGAAUUCCUUGGCUUCCUUAUCAAUGGCAGUGGCAUCCACCCCACGGCUGCCAAAACCAAAGCCAUCGUGGAGGCCCCUGCUCCCACUAACAGAGCUGAAUUACAGGCCUUUUUAGGCCUACUCAAUUUUUACGCUGUCUUCCUUCCCCACAAGGCAACGGUAGCUGAGCCACUUCAUCGCCUCCUAGACUCAGGUGCCCCCUGGGUUUGGGGCCGCCGAGAGGCCUCCGCUUUUCUAGCUGUCAAACACCUGCUCAUCUCUAACGAUGUCCUAGUUCAAUACAGCGAACACUUGCCCCUCGUGCUCGCUUGUGACGCUUCACCCUAUGGGGUGGGCGCCGUUCUCUGUCACCAGCUACCCAGUGGGGCAGAGGUGCCAGUCACCUAUUUUUCCCACACGCUCUCUGCCUCUGAACGCAACUAUGCACAAAUUGACAAAGAGGCUCUUGCCAUUGUGGCUGGGGUGCGCCGGUUCCACCAUUACUUGUACGGCCGCCCAUUCCAAAUUGUCACCGAUCACAAGCCCCUCCUCGGGUUGCUGGCCGGAGAUCGUCCUGCCCCUCAGGUCCUAUCCCCACGCAUGACCCGCUGGUUUGUUUUCCUCGCCUCCUAUGACUACCAGUUGCACCACCGGCCGGGGAAGCAGAUCGCCCACGCCGACGCCCUCAGCCGUUGCCCUCUGCCAGAGGCCCUGGAAGACCCUGUUGCUGCCGCACCUGUGUUCCUUAUAGACGACCUCAACCUUCCACUCUCUGCCGCCGACAUCGCCCGGUUGUCCGCAAGGGAUCAGGUAAUAUCCCGGGUACUAGACUGGGUUAGGCGAGGGUGGCCGAAAGACCCCGUAGACCCCGUUUUCCUUCCCUUCAAAUCACGCCUGGCGGAGCUAUCCGUCCAGCGCGGCUGCUUACUGUGGGGCCAUAGGGUAGUCGUACCGGCCUCACUGAGGACUACCGUCCUGCGGCAGCUGCAUCACGCUCACCCCGGAAUUGUCCGGAUGAAGGCCCUAGGUAGGAGCUACGUCUGGUGGCCCAAGCUUGACCAAGACAUAGCCGACCAUGUCGCCGGCUGCCCGCAAUGCCAGUGCGCCCAGGCACUGCCACCUAAAGCCGAGCCGCGAACGUGGGAACCGCCAUCCACUCCCUGGUCCCGGAUCCACGUUGACUUUGCAGGCCCCAUUCACGGCCGCAUGCUAUUCAUUGCUGUGGACGCCUUCUCGAAAUGGGUCGAGGUCGUCCACAUGUCCUCCACCACAGCAGACGCGCUAAUCGCGACCCUGCGCCACCUUUUACCACCCAUGGCCUACCCGACGUGUUGGUGUCCGAUAACGGGCCUCAACUGA